UGGGCAGAGGGUGAUAUUCUUCUCUCUCUAAUAGUGUCCACUUUAUCUGCCCUUUUCCCCUCUGGAGAGUAGGAUGGCGAUGAUCUGGAUGCAGACAGAAAAGGUGGCUGUGCAAGAGCUACAGUGCAGACUGAGCAAUGUCGCUUACAGCAUUGAUGAGAUCAUGCAGAAGGAGUCCAGUUUUUUCUUUGCUGCUGACAUCCUCACGGAGCUCAAGCAACAGUUUGCAUUCCUGUCAGGGGGAAGAGGACAGGAUGGAAGCCCUAUCAUUAUCUUGCCAGAAUUUCCUUCAUUUUGUGAAAUUGGAGAUCAAGAGUUUCGUAAUGUUCUCACCUACCUGACAAGUAUUCCCAGCUUGAGUGCAGCAGGUGUGGGCUUUAUUGUAGUGAUUGACAGGCGUCGGGAUCGAUGGACUUGUUUAAAGGGAACAUUACUGCGUAUCUCAGGCUGGUUUCCUGGUAAUCUUCGUCUUGUUCUGGUGCUGAGACCCAGUGCCAUCCUGCAGCGAAUGCUGUCUGAUGUGUUCUUCAAACUCCACCGAGAUGACUUUAAAGUACCGGUUAUUAUGCUAAGCUCAGUGACUGAUCUGCACUCUUAUAUUGAGCGGAGUCAACUGACACAAGAACUGGGUGGCUCUCAGUACUACUGCCACAAGACCUGGAUCUCUCAUCGCACUGAUCUAGAAAGCUUUGCUGCAUCAGUGAAGAGGAUGGCUCAGAGACUACAGGUGUUUGGCAGGGAACUGGCAGAAACAGAACUUCCUAACAACCUCCAAAUAGCCAGCAGUCUGCUGAACACACACACCAGCAAGAAAGAGAGUUUGAAAGAAGAGAUGGCAGGUGCUCUCAGCCAAGGACGCAAUCUUCUUGAGAACAUUAGAGAACCAGUGCGCAGAGACCCGGAGGGCAGUUUGAACCCUGAUCAGCUGGAGAACCUUGCAACAGUGCACAGGCUAUUAUCCCAGUUGAAUGAGAGCUCUUCAGCAUUUGAUGACUUCUGGUUCCAGCACCAAAAUAAGCUUGAGUUGAGUUUGAAACUCUGCCAGUUUGCCUACAACUUUCAACAGGUGCAAACAGACUUGAAACAGGCAACAGACACAUUAAAUGCUUUCUCAGAUGUUGGAAUAAGCUCUACCCAAACAGAACACCUUCUUGAAGAGCUGACCAAUCAUGAAGAGAAGGCUUGCGAUGUGUUAGACAGAGUCAGGUCCCUGGUUGCUGAGGGCCAAGGUUUGAUUGACAGCUCUCAAAAUGGAGAUGACAGUGUUGCAAUAAAUUGCAGUGAACUUCAGAAAGCCAGAGAGAAACUCACCCAAGAGCUCAAAGACAAGAGGACCAUGCUGACACAAGCUAUGGAGCUACAUAGAAGAUUAGACAUGGUGUGUAAAUGGUGUGAUGAUGGGAUGUACAUGCUCGCGUCACAGCCUCUGGACAAGUGCCAGUCACAGGAGGGGGCGGAGUUAGCACUGUCAGAACUGGAGUGUUACUUGGAGACAGCCAAUGAGAAACAGCAAUGGGACAUAAGCGCAGUUUGGCUGGAAUAUGAGGGCAUUCUGAAGAAUGAGCUCAAGGAGCAGGUGAAGCAUGCUUUUGAGAAGAAAGCGUCAAUACAAGAGAUGUUUGAAAGGAGGAGGGUUAGCCUGAAGAAACUAGCAGCCAAGCAAACACGCCCAGUCCAACCUGUUGCCCCCCGACCAGAGUCACUUUCAUCCCCAGCUCACAGGGAUCAUGAGAACAGCUUGACCAGUGAAGACUUGGACAGAAGAGUGUCCUGUAAACAAGUACGCUCUGAUCAGGUUGACAGGAGCAGUCAUAGUGCCUCUGUAUCGGAGGAGGAGGAAACUCUGGCUGUGCUCCGCAGGCAUGUAAUGAAUGAGUUAUUGGAAACAGAGAGAGCAUAUGUGGAAGAGCUUAUGUGUGUUUUACAGGGAUAUGCUGAGGAAAUGGACAACCCCUACAUGGCUCCUCUCAUCCCAGCAGCCCUGCAGAACAAGAAGGAUGUGUUAUUUGGGAAUAUGCAGGAGAUAUAUAAUUUCCACCAAAGGGUAUUCCUCAAAGAACUGGAGAAUUACACUGACUGUCCUGAGCUUGUUGGCUGCUGCUUUCUGGACUGGAUGAGGGAGUUGCAGAUUUAUGAGAAAUACUGUCACAACAAGCCUCGCUCUGAGAGCCUUUGGAGGCAGUGCUCGGAUUGUGCCUUCUUCCAGGAGUGCCAAAAGAAACUUGAGCACAAACUGGGGCUGGACUCGUACUUACUGAAACCUGUGCAGAGGAUCACUAAAUACCAGCUACUUCUGAAGGAGAUGAUUAAAUACAGUAAAGGCUGUGAGGGGUCAGUGGAGCUGCAGGCAGCUCUUUCCUCCAUACUGGGCAUCCUGAAGGCUGUAAAUGACUCAAUGCAUCUCAUCGCCAUCACUGGAUAUGAGGGUAACCUUGGAGACCUUGGUCGCCUGCUGAUGCAGGGGUCGUUCAGUGUGUGGGCAGAGCAUAAGAGAGGUCACGUGAAGGUAAUGGAGCUUGCAAGGUUUAAGCCCAUGCAGAGACACCUGUUCCUGCAUGAGAAAGCACUACUCUUCUGCAAGAGACGAGAAGAGAGUGGGGAGGGAUACGAGAAAGCCCCUUCCUAUAGCUUCAAACAGGAGCUCAGCAUGAGUGCUAUUGGAAUAACAGAGCAUGCUAAAGGGGACAGCAAGAAGUUUGAGAUCUGGUCCAGUUCAAGGGAUGAGGUAUACACAGUACAGGCCAUGUCUGAGGAGGUUAAGACCAUCUGGGUGACAGAAAUACGGAAACUUCUAACAGGACAGCUGGAGGCCUGCAAAGAGGCAAGACAACAGAGGCCUCCUGAUCAGUUCACCUCAGAUACCAGCUCAACUAACAGACUGGUGAGAAAUGAUAGUAAUCUUAGGAGUGGAGGAGUGGAGAAACAGAAGACUGAGGAAGAAAGAGGCAAAGAACUUGAGAAUAUCCCUGAACCCAGAAUGACAGAGAGAACAAAGGGGUCUUCUUGCAGCUCUGAGACAAAACCAAAACGACAGGAUAUCCGGAGUGACCCCACACCUUUAGGUUGGUCUAAAGGAUCUCUCUCUCUGGAUGCCUCUAUGGAGCAUGAUGGGUACUUUAGUGCUGAGGAGCAGAUGACCUCAGACCCAGAGGAGGAGAGGGAAGAGAAGCUGUGUGAAGAUGAACCACAGUCUAUGAGGAUAGCAGAGGAGAUCCAGGGUUCUGAAGAGACUGAGAAUUCUGAGAAAUGAGAGUGUGUUUGUGUUUGUACGGGGGGGGGCUAUGUGCAAUCAGUGUACAGCAUAUAAAGUGGCUACAAAAAGUAUUUGGACACUUAAUCCACUGUUAAAAAUGUACAGUAUAAAUGUCAUUGCAUUAUAUGCAAACUAGUGUACACAAGUGGCAUUUAUUUUACAAAAAGAUAGCACACUUUUCACAAAAAUAAGUUUCUUAGAUUUUAAAUGAUGAAACAAUAUGGUUCAAAAUUAAGGCAAAAAGUAUUUGGACAUUUCUGGUUGUCAAACAUUAGUGGAACAUGCAUAGUUUAUGUGUCAACUUGUGUGAACCUGUGUGAACUUGAGGGGAAUUGACUUCAUACAUCCACUAAAAAUGUUUGAGAAAAGGUCUAGCAUACUGUAAUUUGUUUGCAAAUGACAAUUUUGUUAUUAAAUGCAAUGACAUUUAAAAAUUUAAGUUUCCUUAAUUGUCUGAAUACUAUUUGGGGCUACUAUACACUUUAUUUCAUGUGAAAAAAAAAUCUCUUGAAAAGAGGAAAAUGGGAGAUUUAAAGGGGACAUGACAUGACAUCAACUGUGCGGAAUCAAAUGUUCCUUGAUCAUGACAUAUAAGAGGUUUCAGAACUCAAAACUUCCUCCUCACUGCAAAAAGAGCAUUUGUUGAAACCAAGCUGCCAAAAUGCCUCAUUCUCUACUUCCUCCACAUUGUGAUGUCACACUGUGGUAGAAAUUUGCAUCUGACCACCUCCAUAACAACACAUCAACUCCUACUUUACCUUAUAACUUAAGUAGCCCUGCCCAGUAGUGGUGAGCAGUGAGCAGUGAGAUGGCAAGGAGAGAGCAGGACAUCCAAGAGCCAAUCAUAACAGUGGGUGUUUACUGUCAAGUCUUAAAGGAGAUACAACACCAAAACCGAGUGUUUCUGACAGAGGGUCAGAAUGAGGGUAGAAAAUAAUUAUAUUUUACAAAUUUAUUAUUAUAUUAUUAUUAAAAAAAGGCGUGCCAUAACCCCUUUAAAACAUCUACUUUCAAGUUCUGUGUACUCUUAAAAGUAAAGGUUCCAGUUAGAGCCAAUAGGAGCCAAUUAAAGCAUGAUGCUGAAGGAGAACCUUAUUCUCCUACUAACAACUUACUCUACCACAACAAACUUCUCUAGUUCUUCAGAAAGCCAUAUACAGUAUGUGCUGGUGCUUGAAAGAACCCAGAAACCAAUACACUGACCAAAGUCCCUUUCAAGGCAAGUCAGUCCACUGGGUGGCCAUGUUGAGAAUGCUUCCGGGCAGAUAUUUUCUGUGGGGACAACCGGUGUCAUGAUAAAUUGAGUCCGCCUGGUAAAUCGAGUCCCCAUGGGGGUAAACGUUUAUAAUGCCUGAGCAAAAACCUAUCAUGCUAUCAUGAUAGCAUGUCAUUGAAGUCUAGGCUAACUGAAAAACACAAACAACAACACAUCUUUAAUUUCACAAUCUAUAACUUCAGUUAUAUACUAUUAUGUGUAACUUAUGGUUUAAAAGUCAUUAAAUGUCAUAUUUUCAAAGUUAUAUUGACACACAUCAUAAAAUGAUUUUAAAGGACUUCUACUCAGGCAGUGAAUAUAGUACCCAUUAAUAGGUCCCUCAACCAAUGGAAUUGCUUUGACAUCAGAGGGAGGCCCGAUUUUAAUGGGGGACUUGAUUUCUCACAACACCGGCAUAAAAGUACAGCUCACUGGUAUCAUAAAUUGUACUUCUUCAGCUCAGAUCACGCUAAAAAUUAUAUUUUUCUGACUGGUCCAGCUAAUGUGCGUGUGCGUUCUCGAGUUAACUGACAGACAAUGUCUGUAUCUAAAAGGUGAUUGGCUCUUUAACCUUUAAGGCAGGACUUCCUUUUCUACAUCUGCCAUAUUAGGUGUUCCAAUUUCUCCCAUUCAUCUUGGGCUACAUAGUCUCUGACACUGACUAACCUAUAGUGUAACAUUAAAAACUUUUUGGCCUUCCAAAAAAAAAAAAAAAAACAUAUACAGUGAAAAAAGACUAGUGAAAGAAGAAUGUUCUUUGCUGAAGGUAUAGAUGAACCUUUAUUUUUAAGUGUAUAAUCUUAAAGAGAAAGCACCAAAAUAAUGCAUUCCACUGAAAAUCCUGUGCCAGUGCUUUACAUACUGUCUCAUAAAAAGCUGUGAUACAAGUUUCAUAUCCCUUAACCCUUAUACCGUUAGUAAAAUAUGCCACAGUGAUGGUGUCCAUACUGGGAUAUGGCAUGUCUAUUGUCAAGUCCUGUGAUUAUCUGUGUGAAUGCAUGUAAACAGUUGUAUUAUCUGUGUGUUCAAUCAAUGCAGGAAACUAGGGCCGACAUGUUAACAAGCAUAUCAUAAAGUUGAAGUCAGAGGUUUACAAGUUUACAUUACAAUUUUUUAACCCCUCCACAGAUUUCAUAUUAGCAAACUAUAGUUUUGGCAAGUCAUUUAGGACAUCUACUAUGUGCAUGACACAAGUAAUUUUUCCAACAGUUGUUUACAGACAGAUUGUUUCACUUUUAAUUGACUACAUCACAACUCCAGUGGGUCAAAGUUUACAUACACUAAGUUAACUGUGCCUAAGCAGCUUGGAAAAUUCCAGAAAAUGAUGUCAAGCCUUUAGGCAAUUAGCCAAUUAGCUUCUGAUAGGCUAAUUGGAGUCAACUGGAGGUGUACCUGUGGAUGUAUUUUAAGGCCUACCUUCAAACUCAGUGCCUCUUUGCUUGACAUCUUGGGAAAAUCAAAAGAAAUCAGCCAAGACCUCAGAAAAAAAAUUGUGGACCUCCACAAGUCUGGUUCAUGCUUAGGAGCAAUUUCCAAAUGCCUGAAGGUACCACGUUCAUCUGUACAAACAAUAGUACGCAAGUAUAAACACCAUGGGAUCACGCAGCCAUCAUACCAUUCAGGAAGGAGACACAUUCUGUCUCCUAGAGAUGAACAUAGUUUGGUGCAAAAAGGGCUAAUCAAUCCCAGACCAACAGCAAAGGACCUUGUGAAGAUUCUGGAGAAAACAGGUAGAAAAGUAUCUAUAUCCACAGUAAAAUGAGUCCUAUAUCGACAUAACCUGAAAGGCUGCUCAGCAAGGAAUAAGCCACUGCUCCAAUACCGCCAUAAAAAAGCCAGACUACAGUUUGCAAGUGCACGUGGGGACAAAGAUCUUACUUUUUGGAGAAAUGUCCUCUAGUCUGUUGAAACAAAUAUUAAACUGUUUGGCCAUAAUGAUUAUCGUUAUGUUUGGAGGAAAAAGGGUGAAGCUUGCAAGCCGAAGAACACCAUCCCAACCAUGAAGCAUUGGGGUGGCAGCAUCAUGUUGUGGGGGUGCUUUGCUGCAGGAGGGACUGGCACACUUCACAAAAUAGAUGGCAUCAUGAGGAAGGAAAAUGAUGUGGAUAUAUACUUCAUGUGGAUGAAGCAACAUCUCAAGACAUCAGCCAGGAAGUUAAAGCUUGGUUGCUAAUGGGUCUUCCAAAUGGACAGUGACCCCAAGCAUACCUCCAAAUGUGUGGCAAAAUGGCUUAAGAACAACAAAGUCAAGGUACUGGAGUGGCCAUCAGAUAGCCCUGACCUCAAUCCGAAAGAAAAUUUGUGGGCAGAACUGAAAAAGCGUGUGCGAGCAAGGAGGCCUACAAACCUGACUCAGUUACACCAGUUCUGUCUGGAGGAAUGGGCCAAAAUUCCAGCAACUUAUUGUGAGAAGCUUGUGGAAGACUACCCAGAACAUUUGACCCAAGUUCAACAAUUUAUAGGCAAUGCUACCAAAUACUACCAAAUUGUAUGUAAACUUCUGACCCACUGGGAAUGUGAUGAAAGAAAUAAAAGCUGAAAUAAAUAAUUCUCUCUACUAUUAUUCUAACAUUUCACCUUUUUAAAAUAAAGCAGUGAUCCUAACUGACCUAAGACAGGGAAUGCUUUCUACGAUUAAAUGUCAGGAAUUGUGAAAAAAUGAGUUUAAAUAUAUUUGGCUAAAGUGUAUGUAAACUUCUGACUUCAACUGUAUAUGCAGAUGUUGUUUCUCAAAGUGACUGUGAUCACCCUGUGCCAUUUGUACUGAAUGUAGAAUUGUAUGUUUACAGAUCCAUCUUAUUUUAUAUGUGAAUGUUAAAAAUAAAACUAUC